UACGUCCUCCUCGGUACUUUGGGGUAGGCCUAAUGGCUGCUGGGUGAGAUGAGCGGAUCGGCCGCAUCCUUUGAGUGUGAGUCGCUUCCAUCAAGAGGACCGUUAACUCGGGCGGUGCCGAGUUAAAAUGGUCGAUAUUCGACCCGAAAAGCAUCCCGAAACCGUUGUACAUAUUGCGAACAUCGUGCUUGAAAUUGCACCCACUGUUAACAUCUUGUCUUAGUGAUCAAUUCUGCCUGCCGAUCAGAGGUUAAACUGAGGCAAUGGCAGUGAAGGACCGUGUAGAGGCGGUGCUCAAUGUGGGUCUGCGUGUUCCCAGCAUCAUGCUGCUGGAUGUCCUGUACCGCUGGGAUGUCAGCUCCUUCUUCCAGAAGAUCCAGCGCUCCAGCCUCUCCAACAACCCCCUGUUCCAGUACAAAUACCUGGCACUCUACCUGCACUACGUAGGUUACAUCCUGAGCUUGGUCCUCCUGACUCUGCCUCGUCAGCACCUGGUUAAACUCUACCUGUAUGUCCUUACGGCCCUGUUGCUGUUUGCUGGUCACCAAGUGUCAAGGGAUUAUGUCCGCAGUGAACUGGAGUCUGGCCAUGAAGGACCUGUCUACCUAGAACCUCUCUCCAUGAACAGAUUCACCACUGCACUCAUAGGUCAGCUGGUGGUGUGUACGCUAUGUUCCUGUGUGAUGCAGACCAAAAGGAUUUGGCUUUUCUCUGCUCACCUCCUCCCUCUGGUGGCCAGACUGUGUCUGGUCCCACUGGAGACCAUCGUCUUCAUCAAUAAGUUCUCCAUGAUCUUCACAGGCCUGGAGGUCAUUUACUUCCUGGCUUCUAACUUGUUGGUACCAUACAACCUGGCCAAGACUGCCUACAGGGAGCUGGCUCAGGUGGUGGAAGUGUACGGGCUGCUAGCUUUGGGUAUGUCCCUAUGGAACCAGCUGGUCCUUCCGGUUCUCUUCAUGUGUUUCUGGCUACUGCUGUUUGCUUUGCAGAUCUACUCCUACUUCAGCACCAGAGACCAGCCUACCUCAAGGGAGAGGCUCCUUUUCCUCUUUCUUACCAGUAUUGCAGAAUGUUGUAGUACACCGUACUCCCUGCUGGGUCUGGUUUUCACAGUCUCCUUCAUUGCUCUGGGAGUUCUCACACUCUGCAAGUUCUACCUGCAAGGUUACAGAGCCUUUAUGAAUGACAACACCAUGCACAGGGGGAUGACAGAAGGCAUCACCCUGCUGAUCCUUGCUGUCCAGACUGGCCUCAUCGAGCUUCAGGUCAUCCACAGAGCCUUCCUCCUCUCCAUUAUCCUCUUCAUUGUUGUUGCUUCCAUCCUGCAGUCCAUGCUGGAGAUAGCUGACCCCAUAGUCCUGGCCCUGGGAGCAUCCAGAGACAAGAGUUUGUGGAAGCACUUCAGAGCGGUGUCUCUGUGUCUGUUCCUGCUGAUCUUUCCAGCCUACAUGGCCUAUAUGAUCUGUCAGUUCUUCCACAUGGACUUCUGGCUUCUCAUCAUUAUCUCCUCCUCCAUCCUCACCUCACUACAGGUCCUUGGCACUCUGCUGAUCUACGUUCUCUUCAUGGUGGAGGAGUUUCGUAAGGCUCCAGUAGAGAACAUGGAUGAAGUUAUCUACUGUGUCAACGGAACCUACAGAUUGCUGGAGUUUGUGGUUGCCGUGUGUGUGGUGUGCUACGGUGUGUCAGAGACAGUAUUCGGGGAGUGGAGUGUGAUGGGCAGCACCAUCAUCCUGGUCCAUUCGUACUAUAAUGUCUGGCUCAGAGCCCAGCUGGGCUGGCAGAGCUUCCUGCUCAGGAGAGAUGCUGUAAACAAGAUCAAAAGCCUCCCCACGGCUAGCAACACACAGCUGGAACAGUACAACGACAUCUGUGCUAUCUGCUACCAGGACAUGAACAGUGCUGUGAUCACUCCAUGCAGUCAUUUCUUCCACGCUGGCUGUCUGAAGAAAUGGCUUUAUGUCCAGGAGACGUGCCCCCUCUGUCACUCUCAACUCAAGAGCCAAUCACCAACCACCACUGUCUCGAACCAAGAUACGCCUGCGGCCAAUCAGAACCCUGCAGGGCAGGAAGAAGCCACAGCUAAUAAGAACCAGAGAAAUGGUGCACUUCCAGAUGAUGGUAAGGAGGAGGGAACAGGAGAGCAGGAGGGAGAUAAUGGACCUUCCAUGUCAGCUGGAGAAACCUCCUCCUCCGGUGAGCCUUCGGCUCCACAGCACCUGGUCAAGACUCCAUCAUCAUCUUCCUCUCCUUCUUCUUCUUCUCCUUCCCCACUUGUGAUGGGAUCUAAGAACCAGUCACCCACAGAUCAUCCCUCGUCGUCUUCCUCCUCUUCCUCUGACACAUUGGACAUGCCCCCCUCUCCUGCAUCUCUCUCCCACUCUUCCACCCCUUCCAGCUCUCACCACUCAUCUUCACAGCCACUGGGCCAGGCAGAGAUGACCCCUGCUGAACCUGAGCCCGCCCCUAAGCUAAACCCAGGUUUCCUACUAGACAGCCAGGAGUCAUCCACUGGUCCAUCAUCACAGCCUGACCAGCCCACUUCCUCCUCUGACGAACAGUCUCCUCCUCCAUGCAGCCUCUGAGCCCCAUCGUAAAACAAACAACAUACAUGCAUGCACGUAUAAACACACAAUCUAAAUACUACAUCUGCCAGUAUUCUGCCUAUAUUCUACUUGUCCAGCGGUUGGCUAUCCCAUCAUAUCAGAAAUUCAACUCCAAAACCUUCCAUAUCCUAAUCCAAAACAAUCUCAAAGCAGAUAUUCAUCACUCAAUGCCAUUUUUUUAGGCAAUUUUCAUGGAACAUGUUUCCAUGAUGAGUUAAACUUUCAUGCCAGCAAUGAUUUCAUUAGGAUGGGCGUUUUUUCUUUUUUGGGGAGAGGAUUCAAAAUCAACACAAAAAGGGGAAAGCAGUAAUCUCAUCUCAAAAAUAAAUGGUACUUCCAGGCAAUGUGAAAUCCAGAAUGAAACUGAAGUAUCACAUCACUCAUGUUUGUUUCCUAGAUUUUUACAUUGAUAUCAGACCUAUAGUGACAUUUCUAAAAUCAUGCUUAUUUCCUUCUCAUUUCAGUCCCAGACAUUUCAUGCGAUGGUUGCUCCCAUCCUGCCUUUGUUUGUGCAGCUUCACUCUCAUUGCUGUACAUUUCAUAGUAUUUGGGUUUUCUCUGUAAUCCUGUAUGUGCCAUGAGGAAUGGGUCAGAGGUUUAGAGAGCCUUGAUAGACUAGCGAUAACUGAUGUUUGCAUUUCAAACAGUGACAAAGUCUUUACGUUUCAUCAAGUCUACAGAUUUCUCCUUCGGUUUUUACUGUUGGCUGACAGUAGCUAUGUGUAUUAAUAAAUCAACUACAGCUUUAACAGAGACUGAAUGUUGUUUGAGGCCAUCACAUGACCUGAAGCCUGGUGCUAAGCAGAGGAUACAUGGUGUGGUCUAGUGAUGCAGUGUGAACAAAUCAAUGGUUCACAUGGAGUAACCCAAAUUCAUUUCAUGUGUCAAGCUUUCUCUAUUAUACCACUUUAAUAUUUGAAUCAAACUUGUUUGGCUGGUCCUAGCAAAAACAGUUCUACUCCUCAUCGCCAAACUUUUGUAUUACUGUUAAGAGAUGUUAUUUUUAAGAUAAUUUUUACAUUACUGCUUUAUUGGACAGCGCACAGUGCAGAUGGACAAAACAAGGGAUGGAUAGAUAAAAGAGGGAGAUAACAUGCAACAGAAGCCACAGUUUGUAUUUGAACCUUCAGCAUUGUGAGAAUGUGGAGUGUAAAUUAGUCUACAGAGCCGGCAAGGAGCCCAAACUUUGUUGUCGUUAGCUUUACUUCAUUCAUGGUACUCGUCUGCACUCAUCUUCCCAAACUCAGCUGAUUCGCAAACACAUUCAACCACUCACACUGAACCAGUUCAUCCCAAGUUUGCCAUUGAUCCAGCAACUGUUGAGACUCUUCAAUGGCAGGAGCCAAUCACCUGGCUCCAUCCAGCUCCUUUUUUAUAAACCAAUGACAUCACAAAGCACCCUGUGUUUUCUAAGACCACAUUAUCCUCCUGCUGCUCAGUCACUUCACUCUAUGAAAUGUUACUACCAGCAAAUCGAACGUUUUUUUUUUUUUUUUUCCCCCACACACUGGCUAGCUUGCGUGGGCUCCUGUGCUUAGUAAAUGGGGUAGGAAGGGAGAAGUGUGUGUGUGUGUGCUGAAAAGUCUGAGUGUUUAAUUGAAAGACUUGAGAAUGCCGGGUUCUGAUGCACGCUAAUAUGUAGAGCUUGCACGCUGCCACUGUUACCUAGCAUUUAUUUGUUUGUCCCCAAUAUGCUCCAACCUUGCUACCAAUGUUUUUCUGCCAUUUUUCUUUCUUUUUUAUUUUCCUUUUCGGGUUGCAUUUGCACUAAUGUCAUUUAUACUAGCUCCAAAGCCGUUCUGUGGCUGUCAGCAACCAAAUACCCUCUGAUAUGUUUGUGUACGAGGAAACAGCCCAAUCUGUUAGUCUGUAAUGUAUAUAAAUGUUGCUCUCUACGGCAUCUAUAUUAAACCAGAGGAGUGUUGAUAUAUAAAUAAGAUCAGGGCUUGAUUUCUCCAAAGCUUCCUAGUGGUUUGAUGUUCUUUGUUAACUUUAUAUGCCUGUGAACAAAGACAAACUUUUGACUAAGAAGCUUUCGGGAAUCCAAGCCUUCUGAUUUGUGAGACCAGCCAGUGACACUGCUUCUCCAGUCUGUAUGACGCGUCUUCAAGCUGGUGUGAUCACUCUGGUGCCCUCUACUGUUAGGAGUGGGAUCAGCAUGGCGCAGACGGACAGGAGAUGCACUAGUUAACCCUCAACAGUAUUACUUACUACCACUAUUACUAAAGGUCUUAUUACUAUGAAUGACUUUAUUGUUGACGUUGGGAAGUGUUGGCUGCAGGGCUGAGAAUGAAUACAUAAUCAAUGUAGGAUCCAACCUGGCCAAUGCUGUUUAACUCUGUUUAUUUUUUUUUAAGAGAUGAAAAGUAGAGUUUGAUGUAUUUUGCACAUGUUCUGCUGAAAGGUGAACAUAAGGACUUUCUGUAUGUAUUCUUGAAUGACGUCUCAUUUUAUUAUCAGCUCCAUUCCUUAGAUUUUGAUUUAAAACAAAACACUUGAAAUGGUCACAAACAUUUAAACAGCUUCAUACACACUUGUUUUUCAUUGUGGAGCAUUUGAACUGUCAAGCAGAGAGAUCACCUGCACCAUUCAUAUGCGCCACAAGGUGAUGACUGUCAUUGGCAACUGUAAAAGAAUUUUCAUUGCAGUAUUAAAUGAUAAAUAACCGGCAGAGAAGCCUGCCAGCUGUUGAUUCCAGAUGUAUUUGCCCUGUUUAUACUCCAUGUUGGAGAAAUUGCAGUUGUUGCAGUCACUCUCCAGGCUAUGAACUGUGACAUUUUCAUACUGUCUGGGACAGUUUUAACUUCAAAUAUUUUAAGGCAAUCUAAGCUAAAUAUUUCAUAUUUGACUAUAUAACCUAUUCAUCUGAUAACUAUAGGAAGCUUAUGGACAUUACAUAUUUUAAAACUAAGAUUUUCUAUUUUUAUUUGCAUUCCAAUGCAUCUGAAAUUUCAGCUGUGGGAUUGAUUUCAUGUAAAAUGCAUCGGUGACUGUUCAGGCUAUUCGUCUGAGCUAUUGUGCCAAACGAAUGCAUGAACCCUUCACUGCUGCUCCUCACGUUGAGCAACGUCAAAUAGCAGCUUCACCUGUCAGGAGCUUUAGUGUGUGAUAAGAUCGCGAAGCAGUACAUUUGCCAUCAAUCCAUGCAUUGUACAUGUCAGUUAACAUCAAAUUUUAUUAUUGCUCUUCAUUGACUUGCCGGUAAAAUAACACUAUAAAAACAAGCCAAUGUGCCCUCAACGUCCCAAUAUUAGUGCAUUUUCUUAUAUGGAAAUUGUUAAACACAUCACACUAGUGAUGUAUAUUAAUUUCAUAUUGCCUCCAUUGAUUUUGAUGGAGUAACCAGGAGGAAUAUGAAUACCUAUAGCUGAAGUCAGUGGCCCAUCUGAAAUCCAGAUGUUUGAGACUAAAUUUAUCACAAUACUUUGCAAAAUCAUUACUCUAUACAUUGAAAAUGUAAGCAAAUAUGAUAAUAGAAUCUAUAGCUGCCGCAGAGCUCUCUGACCACACAUUUCUUUUCUGAAUGCAUUUUUAAUGAGCAUUUUGGAAAAGAAAACAACACUGCUGUCCAAUACAGUUGCCUCUGACUAACACAUGUUAGCUGAUGAGACUCCCUUCAGAUCUUUGUUUAAUUUUGUCUUCUUUUGUCUGAUAAGUUUUUCCAUGCCUAUUUAGGACCUGCUCUGUAAAAGCUGACUCUGAAUGCCAGUUGUAUUCUGUUAAAAUGCUCCACGGUUGGUUUUGGACUUGAUGCCUGGCAUUGCCUUAGUUAUUUUACAGAAAAUGAAUGUCUGAAAUAAAAUGAACCAUCCACUCUGGA